AUUCAAGCUCACUGCAAGUUAAGAGAGCAAGGAGGAAGUUUUAAGAGACAUCUUUUUGAAAUGGCCUCUUCGAUGAUGGUCUCCUCUGCCGCCGCUGCCGCCCGUGCCGCCCCGGCUCAGACCAACAUGGUCGCCUCCUUCAGCGGCCUGAAGUCCACCUCUGCGUUCCCCGCCACCCGCAGGGCCAGCGCUGACCUCGCCAAGCUCCCAAGCAACGGCGGAAGAGUUCAAUGCAUGAAGGUGUGGCCUGUUGAGGGCAUCAAGAAGUUCGAGACCCUCUCCUACCUUCCUACCCUGUCCAUUGAGCAGUUGAUCAAGCAGAUUGAGUACCUUAUCCGCAACGGCUGGAUUCCCUGCCUGGAAUUUUGCCACGAGGGAUUCGUGUACCGUAAGUACCACGCCUCCCCAGGGUACUACGACGGCAGAUACUGGACAAUGUGGAAGCUCCCCAUGUUCGGGUGCACCGACGCCAUCCAGGUCGUGAAGGAGCUCGACAACUGCAAGGCCGAGUACCCCACGGCAUUCAUCCGGAUCAUCGGAUUCGACAACAACCGUCAAGUGCAGUGCGUCAGCUUCAUCGCCUACAAGCCCCCUCAGUAAAUGACCCGGAAGUCGACUUCCGACUAGUUUCCGCUUGAUCAUUUGGAUGCGUUUUCCUUUUCAAUUUCCAAUUUCUGCUGGCUUUUUAAACUUGUUUUGUUGUUGGUCUUAUAAAUAGCCGCUCUCUCUCCAACGGAUGAGAGUUGUAUUGAUGAUAUAUGUAUGUUGGUGAUGAGGAAGUUAUAGGUCCGGCUACAUGAUGAUAUAUGAUGAUAUUGGUGUCUAUCAUCUAUGUUGUUAGUUUUUUUUUUUCAGGGAAUCAACUGUUCGCCGGCUUGUUUCAUUA